AUGUCAUUUCAGACGCCCGUGUCGACAGUAUCAACUCACAUCGGGGGAUUGGGCACAAUAGAUGGAUUCCACUACGCCACCGGAGUGGAGCAAUACUGCGGCAUUCCCUAUGCCUCGUUAUCAAAGCGAUGGACGCGCUCUAUACUGAGGACAUCCUGGGAAAAUGACUACCACAAUGGAACCGAGCUGGGUAACAAUAUGCCACGCCCGCAAUUUCCGGGCUACAACACUACCAAUAUUUUCAUACCAGUCCCUCCAAACCCCAACUUCCCCCGUAAGCCAGAAGUUGACGAAAAGACUGCUUUAGUCAUGAACGUCGUUGUUCCACAACACCCAAGCCUCGAAGAAGAGAAAUUCCCUGUACUCGCAUGGAUUCACGGGGGAUCCUUGCUCUACGGCAGCGCAAACUAUGGGAUAUACGAUGCCGUGAAUUUGGUCUCCCACAGUGUCGAUAUCGGGUGGUCCGUCGUGGUGGUGAGCUUUAAUUACCGGCUGGGGCUAGGCGGUUUCCUCGCCAGUACAAAGAUUGGCGAGGAAUUGAAAGCAGAUGGGUUCGAGGGGAACGGGAACUUUGGGUUUGCAGAUCAAAAAAUCGCCAUGGAGUGGAUUCAGGAAUAUAUCGAUCAGUUUGGAGGGGAUCGAGACAACGUUACGGUUUUUGGUCAGUCGGCGGGUGGCGUCUCGAUUGGACACCAGAUGGCAGCGAACAAUCUCAUGAAGUUUGAUCGGGCGAUUUGCAUGUCUGGACUGGGAAGUACGCUUGCACCCUUGGAUUUAGAUGAGCAUGAGGUAUUGUUUGACGCGACGUGUCGCUAUUUUUCUAUCGAUCCCAAGGGCUCGGAUGCACUUGCUCGGCUAAGGGAAGUCCCAGAACAGGAAAUGGCAAAUGCAGACCCUAUUAUCCAGGGAGUUCCUUCUGGAACAGGCAAUCCCUGCAAUGAUGGGUGGUUCUAUGCUUUUGACCCGCGACUUCAGUCAUGGACUGAGGCACCGGCUUGGUUGAAAUCAUUUAUGAUAGGUGAUGUGCAUGAUGAAGGCGUGAUAUUGACGAUGAAUGUCAUGAAUGACACGUACGAAACCGUGCGACAGACACUACUGGAAAGCAUACAAAAUGAAGUUUACGUCGACAGAAUCCUUCUCGAAUAUGGCAUCACCCAAAAUACCUCGGGUCUAGACCUCAACCAAAGAGUGUGCAAUAUGGGAGGAGAGGCUGUCUUCAAGAUCCAGAAUUAUCUAACUGCAAACGUUAACAAGCGAUUGCAAGACGAGAAAGCUAUCUUCAAGUAUCACUUCGACCAGCGCUCCCGCCUGGAUAAUGCCUUGAAUGGGAUGGCGUAUCACGGGUUUGAUGUGGUGUAUCUAUUCGGCAAUCUCGACAACAAGCUUAACGCUAGGGAACGCGCGAUGAGACGUGACAUGGCCUCUGCUUGGAUCAAGUUUGCCUGGGGCCAGGAGCCGUGGCGGACUGAGUUUUGGGAGGUCUGGGGUCCAGAUUCACUGGGUCAGCUGGAGACCGAGGAAGAAGAUGAACAUGUACACUUUUAUUCAAGGUUUAAGCGCUUGUUGUUAUGGGGCUCUGAUGGACUGUGGGAGAAGUAUUUGGUUGCACUGGACCAUUUGUUGAUGAAGCGAGGCAGGAUGAGAACAUUGGGGCAUGCUCUUGAUGCUGGAUCAUAG